AUGAGCGACACUGUGUUCUUCUCCUUUGUACUUUUCCUGGGCAGCCAGUGGGGCGCAGAGCCCCACUCUAUCCCUGUGACUGAAGGUGUGGAGAACAGCUUUUCCUCCAGUUCAAGCCAUUUCGAGGAAGAUUUGGCUAAGCUAUUCGAUGAGAUCCUGCUGCAGGUGUUUCCCAGUGAUCUAGAUGACAUGUCAAAAGAUGCAAGAACACCUGGCAGACUGAUCACCUGGAGAGAAGCGAAUGAAAGCAAGUAUCUGUGGACGGAUUCAAAGUGCCUGUGUUUUUAUGGGUGGUGUUCAGUUGUCUGUGCCGUGCCUGGAGCAUCCCAGAAUCCAGCUAUGGAGAGACUAGGCAUAGACUUGAGGACAGAUUUCAGCACAGCUAAAAUUUGUUUCCCCGCAGCUCAUGCCCCCCCGAACAGCUUCAACAAUUCCGAAUUUGCAUCAAGUUCACAUCUGGCUAAGUUGUUUGAUGAGAUCCUGCUGCAGGUCUUUUCUAACGACCCCAAACAUUUAUCAAAAGAAGACGCAAGAGCAGCUGAUGAGCUAGUUAUGUGGAGAGACACCAAUGAAAGCAAGUAUAUGUCAGGGUGUAGGCAUGGGCGUAGUGGUCCCAUACCCAACAGUGUGUCAGCCGUGGGGAACAGGUUGGAGGAUGUUUACACUGAGAGUCUACCUUGCAGAGAGCUGCUAAGCUUCCUGCAAAAGAACAUCAUCACUGCGACCGCUGCUAUGGCUGCAAUCCUCCUGGUCACAACAUUGGUGGUGCUUGCAUUGGUCACGUACAUAAGGCGGAAGAAGGCCAAGUAUCCACCAGCAAACAUGACGUACAAUGUUUUUAUAAUGAACGGGAAGGCUUGGUGGCAAAAGCCCGAGGAAAGGUCCAUCAGAAAAUUCACAGGAAAGCAGAAACUCCUGAAGUGUAAUUCCUCCGUCUAAGCCUGUGGAGGAGUCAGCAAACUGUCAACAAGCCACUGCCGGAGGGUUCUUUUGCGCUGCCUGGACAGAAA